ACGGUGCGAACGUCAAGAGUGCAACAGCGAUGAAUUUCACAAGACGCAAAAGUGAUAAAAAUUAUCUGUUUGGAUGCACUUCAGAAGGUCCCAGUGAUUAGAUCUUGUUAGAUUUCUCGUGACGUCACAUCGUAUGAUUCAAUUCUUGUCUGCGAUUGGCUGAAAGUGGACAUAAGAUUCUCGCACGGUGAAAACACGCCACUCUUAUUGCGAUGAUGGAAGAUCCGGGCGAUUGGAUGAACUUCGGCAAGAUGGACAUGGACAUCGACACCUUCCGCGCCGACGGCUUCGACUUCAGCCAGAUCUCCGAUGAGGAUCUGCUGCAGAUGACGGACAUUCCGAACUUUGAGAAUCUCGAGCUGCCGGACAAUGAGGACUUUGGCACACUGUCGCCGCACAGCGUUGCCUCGAUGGGAUCGCCAAUGAGCCAGAUCUCCAGCAGUGGCGAGGACGCCAAGGAGUCCCCGUCGCCGGGCAUCUCUCCCGCCUCUCAGGGCUUCGUCUCGCCACCACAGCCCUCGCCGCAGCCCGUGUACAGCGCCCUGAUGCCCUCAGAUCCUGUGCUCGGCGCCAGCUUCUCCCCAGUUCCGCCGCCGGCGGCCACAACGACCGCCACGAGCGUCAGCGUGAGUCCCAUGAUCGUGACGAAAGUCGCCCCAGUGCAGCAGAUGUUCACCACGCCGCAGAACACACUCAUCCUGGCCAAGAAGCUGGUGAAGCAGGAGCCAAAGACGCCGAAGAUGCAACAGGUUUCGCAGGUGUUGACGCUGCAGAGCGUCGCCGUGUCGGACAAGCCUUCGGUGCUGCUGCAGACGAAUCCCAGUGUUGUCUACUCCACAACAGCGGCGCCGGGGACUCUGGUGCAGGGAACACUGCUGGCCACAGGGAUUCCCGUGAUGCUGGACAGCGAGAACAAGAUUCCCAUCUCCAGAUGGUCAACUGGAAAACCCAAGGAGGGAAAGAGAAGCGCUCACAAUGCCAUUGAGAAGAAGUACCGACGCUCCAUCAAUGAUCGCAUUGAGGAGCUCAAGACGAUGAUGGUGGGCGAGAAUGCGAAGCUCAACAAGUCCGCUGUGCUGCGGAAGGCCGUGGAGACGAUUCGGGACAUGCGUCGGCAGAAUGAGAAGCUGAAGGCGGAGAAUUUCAUGCUGAGAUCGGCGGCGAAGGAUGCGAAAUCGCUGAAGGGACUUCUCCUGACUGGACAGCCGCAGAAGGAGGAGUACAUCUCGCGCUCGAACCUGAUGACGCCGCCGCGCAGCGACGAAUCCAGUCACUCAAUGUCUCCGUCGCCGUCUGAGGUCUCCGGGCCGCCGUCGCCGUACGAGGAGCACAUCAAGGAGGAGGCGCCGGAGGAGUCUGAGCUGCUGCGCAGCGUGAAGCGCGGCAUGACGGCGAAUUCGCGGAUUAUGCUGUGCAUGGUGAUGUUCGCUGUGCUCACGGUGAAUCCCUUCAGGCACUUGCUGUCCAGAUCUGGCGGAUCGGGAGCCUUCUUUGGCGACGACUCCACUUCGGCGGGCCGAACGCUGCUCUCCAACGAUGACUAUGCGGACUCUGAGCUGUCCUGGAACUCCUUCGGCGGCACGCUGCUGCUGUGGCUGGUGAAUGUGGUGAUUGCGUGGUUCUGUCUCAUCAAGAUGCUCGUCUACGGCGAUCCGGUGCUGAGCAGCAAGUCGAAGGUGGGAUUGGAAUUUGCCAGGCACAAGAAGUCCGCCGAGGUGGAAUUCAAGGCGGGAAAUGCGACUGAAGCUUAUCAGGAGUACAAGGAAUGUCUGCAGAUGUUUGGCUUAUCGCUGCCGACAUCGCGCUUGGAAUGCUUCAUGGCCAAUUCCUGGCAAUACAUCCGGAUGAUUCUGCAUCGCUUGUGGAUUGGACGGUGGCUGAGUCGCAAGGCGGGCGGAUUGUUUUGCCCCGUGCAAGCACGCACGGAAGCUCUGGCGUCAGCCAAGGAAAUCUCCCUGAUCUACCACAGAUUGAAUCAACUCCAUCUGGCCACGGACAUGCAGGACAACCACGGAUUGCUGCUGUCACUGUGCGCAGUGAACAUGGCUGACGCGGCGUCGCAGCUCAUGGCGCCGGAUGAACUCAUGGAGAUCUACUUAACGGCCGCGCUGCGCGUCAAGCAGACUUAUCCGCGCGUCCUCAAGUUCUUCUCGCGCUACUACGUCAGCAAGGCCAAGGCGGAGCGUCUGGCGGUGUGUGGAAAUGUUCCGGCGAAGCUCACGUGGCAAUUCACAACGUAUGGCUAUCGAUACUUCCUCAAUCACACCUUCCGCUUCGGCGGUUCUGGGCUGAGUGAGGAGUUCAGUCAGCUGGAGAACAAGUGUGAUCCGCUGGCGUUCGCCACGCGCGAAUAUCGCGAGCAUCUGCUGAAGAGAGCGCUUCAGUGCCUGGUCGGAUGCGGUCCGGCGUCUUCAGGGACGAAGGCAGCGAAGCAGACUUCGAACUUGAUGACCAGCUGCACGGGAACACAGAUCUGCGAUGUGCUCUACUUCACGCAACUCCUCAUUGACACGCUCAAGAGUCCGGAGAUGGACGCGCUGGGCGAUUCCGUGACGAAUUGGUGGUGCAGCUUGAUCAGUGUGGCGGCUUUCUGGCUCCUGGGCGAGGAUGACAAGGCCAAGGAUCUCUACAAUCGCGUGAAUGUGCUGCCGAAGGUUCUCAAGGAGGCCACAGAUGAGCUUCCAUUGGCGCUCCUGGCGGCCUUCAUGGCCAAGAAGAGACUUCUGGAGGAAACUGUGAAUUUCUCAGAUGUCUUCAAUGAGUGUUUGAGAGGAAGCAAACAUCUGCGAACGAGUUUAACCUUCAACAAGUGCAGCUCAGCCAGACAACCCACUUUGCUGGUGCAACUUCUGGUGUGCGAUUGGCUGCUGGAAUCACGCACGGCGCUCUGGGAAUUGAGUGUGAAGAAUGUGCCCAACUACACGCCAGUCUGUGAUGUCACUGUGCGUCACUUCCAGGAGGAUUUGGAUCUGCUGCGUCUCAUCACGGAUGGGAAUCCGAAUGUGCAGCAGAGAGUGUAUCUCUACGAGGCUGUCUACCGGCUGAUGGCUGGCGCUUCGCCGGGACGCACGCAGGAGUUGCUGGAUCGCACGCUGAGGCAUCGCUCCAGCAAGCCGUCGAUCAUCUGCGGCAAGGAUCGCAGCCAGCAACAGUGGGAGAGUGGCGAGAGGCAGAAAGCGGCGGCACUCUAUGUGGCCUGCAAAUACCUGCCGGCGCCGCUGCUGUCGACGCCGGGCGAGCGCGCCGGGAUGCUGGCGGAGGCGGUGAAGAGUCUGGAGAAGGUGGGCGACAAGAAGCGCCUGCAGGAUUGCUACAAUCUGAUGAAGUCUCUGGGCAGCGGAACAGUCACAAAUUGAGUGUUUUUACUUUAUCCAUUCUAUUCAUUUCACUGUGUAUAUCCUUAUCAUUUCUAUCACGGUUACUUUUGAGACUAAGUAUUUCAUUUUGCGUUGAACCUUGGGAAGCUUUAAGUGAAUUUUAUUUGAUAUUUUGUACUUUGGAUGAAUAUCAUCUGAAUAUUUUCUAUAGAUUAAGAGAGAGAGAGAAAGUGAGAGAAAGAGCGAUCAAUUAUAUUUAUCCGUCAGAUUGACACUAAAGAAACAUAAUAUUUAUCUAUUUUCCCACGUAAUUGACUAUGAAAAUUGUCUAAAAUUGAUUAAAAUUGUCUAAAGAGAAGCAGAUUUAAGAUGAAUUGUUGUAAAAUUGCACUUGAAUUGCUGCAAAAUAUGUUGAAAAUCAAGUUGUAAUGCAAUAAUUGUAGAUAAAUAUUGAGAAAUUUUCAGUAGUUUAGUGAGAAAAUUACUUUUCUCUCAUCCCGCAAGAAAAAAAAACCUAGAAAGCUCUGUAAUGUAUGACUUUUCUUAGUAGUUUAAUGUCCUGUUUUAUCCCCUUGUUUUUGUAAUAAAAGCCACUAAAACUCAAAA